AUGGAGGAAGAGGGCAGUGUCAGAUCUCAAUGCCGCCUUCAGGAAGGAGAGCAACGCCGGGGCACCGCCGGCAUCGUGGCCGCAGAGACGUCCAAGGGUUUCCCCCAAUCCAGAGCCACCGCCCCCAACCCCACUCAGCAACCAGAUCCGGCGAGCCAGAGGCCGUCGGUGGCGUGGGUUGGCGAGGCAAGGGGCGCGCUAGGGGGGACCACCAUCCGCCAGAUCCGCUCCGAAGACCGCGGGGAGGUCUCGGGAGCCAGCUCCGAGCUUGCCGCCGGCCCGCCGCCCACGCGGCUAGGACGGCGCCCUUCCGCAUCCGCUCGUGCCACUCGCCACAGGGCAACAGAGAUCCACCCUCGAGUGGCCGCCGCCACCUCUCCAAGCGCAGCGCGCGGAUCCACCGCCACGAGGCCCUUCACCACAACGCCCGACGCCGGCCCCGCCGCCACCCCCAGCCACCGAGUCGCUACACCCCUCACCAACGCAGCGCCGCCGCCCAACGCCACCGUCCCGCGCCGGCCGACCUCGAGGGGGGAAGAGAAGCCCUGCAGCCGCCAGAGCUGA